AUGAAUGAAGAUGAUUAUGAUAUUAUUAUUGAUGAAGAAGAAGAUCCUGAUGUAUUAGUACCAGCUGAAGCAUUACGAAUGCCACCAGAGGAUAAAUCAAUAAAAAAAUUGAAAAAAGGUGUUUUUAACAAAGAAUGGUUAAAUUUGAUUGAAUAUCAACCAUUUUUAAAAGAAUAUAAACCUGAUCCAUCUCAAGCCACAUGCAUCGUUUGUAAUCAGCAAUUUUCACUGUAUUAUCGUGGUAAAAGUGAUAUCGAUAACCACAUGAAAACGAAAAAGCACCAAAAUAAUAUGAAAUCUUUUGAUGUUAAUCGACAAUUAAUAACAAAAACAAUAAAGCCAUCAAAAGAAAAAGAUGAAGUUGCAGCUGCUGAAGGUGUUUUGGUUUAUCAUGGAGUUAAACAUGGACAUUCAUAUUUAGCACAGCAAUGCACGACCAAUGUUUGUAAAGCAAUAUUUUCGUCCUCAUCAAUAGCAAAUAAUUUGUCAUCUGCUCGAACUAAAUCAACAUGUAUUGCUCUAAAUGUAUUAGCGCCAUGUUUUACAUAUACUUUACUUGAUGAUUUAAAACAAUCAUAUUAUUAUUCUUUGAUGUAUGAUGCUAGUAACAAAGGAAAUAUGAAAGUAUAUCCGUUUUGUGUUCAAUUUUUAUCUACAACAGGUGUAAAAAAAGGAAUUAUAGAUUUAAUAGAUGAUGCUGAAGAAACAGCACUUAAAAUUUUUUCAAAUGCACGUAAAUUAAUUAUAGAUAAUGAUUUGGAUAUUAAUGGAUUAUCAGCACUCGGUGCUGAUAAUACGAAUGUCAACGUUGGUGAAAAUCAUUCUGUUUUUUCUUUAUUUAAUGAUGAAUUUCCUGAUCUCAUCAAAGAGCGUUUAGUACACGUAUGGUUACCUAUUAAAAAAUAUUUUCUUGAACAGCAUGAUAAUUGUCCAUUGGAAUUAAAAAAGUUCUUCGAACUUGAUGAAGCUACAUGUAUACUGAGUUUUUUGCAACACGUUUUGUUCGAACUUCAUAAAAAAAAUCUUGAAUUACAACGUAAUUACACAACAGCUGUUGAUUUAUUCAGAAUCAUCACAUCCAUUAAAACUAAAUUACAAGAACGAAUUGAUUCAGAAUUUUUUGGUGCUGCAUGUCGAUAUAAAUUAAUGCGUUUACCAAUUGAUACACAAAAUAGAUUAAAAUCAUCAUUUAUUAAAUUUUUGAGUGCAAUUAUUGCUUAUAUUGAUUCUUAUUUUGAUAAAAAUAUUACUUUUUAUCAAACAAUUAGCUAUUUUGGUCAAGAAAAUAUCGAAGGUUUAACAUGGCAUCAGGUUAUUCAAUGCGUUGAGAUGAUAAAAUUAAAAAGUUUAGAUGAAGAUCGAUUGUUCGAUGAAUUUACAAAUGUAAAAUCUGUAUUUAAAACACUUUUAGAUCAACCUGUUUCAUUAUUUGACCAAGUUCAAGCUUUCAUAAGAAAACAAAACGAUAUAUCAAAAAUAAAUAAUUGUGUUGACGAAAAAGAAGAUGAUGAUGAUGAUCACUUAACAACGAACAAAAUAAACAGUUCUACACAUUUUAAAUUACUUUUAUCAGAUAUUUCUGGAAUUUCACUAACGUGUAAAACAUGGUAUAAUAUAUUGUGUUCAAAUAAACUCUGUUAUAAUAAAAAUACCAAAUUAACAUUAUUAAAUGAAAAUCAACUGAUUAGUGUUUCGAAUUCAAAAAUCUUACGUCAUAUUAAUAAAAUUGAAAUUGGUCAAUAUGAACGUAGAUUAUCAAUAAAUAAAUCAAUUAAUUUUCAAUUUCAUUUUACUUCAUUACAUUCUCUUAAAUUAUGUUUUAUUUCAUUAAGUCCUGUAUUUAUAGCGAACCUAUUUAAUUCUAUUUCCCAAACAUUACAAAAAUUAAUUUUAGUUAUGCAACCUUACAGAAUAUCGAAUUUAAAUAGAGAACUUUUCGAUCCAAUGACAUCGUGUCUCGUCGUUUUAUCAUUAUUAUAUCUUCUUCCCAAUUUAACAUAUUUUUUUAUUCUUGUUACAUCAAAUACAAAAAUUGAAUUUGAUAUUAAUAAAUAUUUUAAACAUUUAGCAAAAUUAGAAAAAUUAAUUAUUCGUCAAGAUAAUUAUACAUGUAAAAGAAGUAGAAAUCAACAGUUAAAUUCAAUUCAAUAUCUUUCUAAUUUAAAAUAUUUAGAAUGGUUUGAAAUCUUAUCUAAGGAUUUAAGAAUUUUAUCAUCAAUUUCACAUCUACCUCAAUUACAAUAUAUUCAUCUUCAACAUACGUUGAUUACAAAUGAAAUAUUAAAUUAUUUAAGUAAAAUAUCAACAAUUAAUUCAUUAAAAUCACAUCGAUUUUCACCUAUAAAAAGUAAACUAAAUAUAGAUGGUUUCAAUUAUUUACUAUCAUUAAAAGAAACAUUGAAAGAAUUAGAAAUAAGUGCUAAAAAUAUUAACUAUGAUGAAUUAGUGAUGAUACAAUAUCCUACAGAAGCUGAUUGUACGCCAGAUGAAUAUGAAGUACAUUUAAAUUUCGAACAUAUUAAUAUUUUAAAACAAUUUAUAUAUCUUAAAACUCUAUCAUUCAAUAAAAUAAGUAUAACAAGAGAAAAUUUAGACAAUUUAUUAAUUAAUUUAGCUCAUUAUAAUAAUUUAAAAAUCUUAAACUUAGAAUCGAUUUGUUUUCCAUCAUUUACAGUUAUAUCAACAAUUCAUAGCUUAGAAGAAUUAUCAUUGUCAUAUCCAUACAACAACAAUAGAGAAGAAUAUACAGAUAAAGAUUUAUUUAUAUUAAAUUCAUUGAAAAACUUAAAAGUAUUAAUAUUAUAUCGUAGUAUCAAUUUAUCAAAAACAAUAAGAAAACAAUUAAAAGAUAAAACAUUGAAAAUACCACAAUCGACUACUCGUUGUAAUUUAACAUUUGAACAUUUAGAAGAGUUUAUUUAUAACAAUGAUGAUGAUGAUGAUGAAAAUGAUUGUGAAGGGGAAAAUGCGAUGAUCGACAAUGCAUGA